AUGCGGCACGCGCCUGCUUCGCACGCGCCCACGCGCCGGGAUCCUCAUGGAGUCCCCCGCCGGCAAAGGCUGCUGGUGCGGAGUGCGGAUUUUAAUCAGCCGGCGGACAACUAUACAGUUUGCCAGGGGGACAACGCGACGCUAAGCUGCUACAUAGACCAGCAGGUGACCCGGGUGGCCUGUCUGACUAACAUCCUUUACGCCGGCAAUGACAAGUGGUCCAUCGACUCGCGGGUGCAGCUGCUGACCAACAGCGCCUCCGAAUUCAGCAUCGUCAUCACCAACGUCGACAUCUACGACGAGGGCCUCUACACUUGCUCCUUCCAGACGCAGGACAAGCCCCACACCUCUCAAGUGUAUCUCAUCGUUCACGUCCCAGCUCGGAUCGUGAACAUUUCGUCUGCUGUGACCGUUAACGAGGGAAGCAACGUGAACUUACUCUGCCUCGCCCAGGGGAAGCCAGAGCCGACGGUAACUUGGCGGCAGCUGAAAGAUGGAUUCACCAGCGAAGGGGAAUAUCUGGAGAUUACGGAGAUCAACCGACAGCAGGCCGGAGAGUACGAGUGCAUCACGGCGAACGGCGUAUCGCUACCGGACAGGAAACGGGUUCUCAUCACUGUCAAUUACCCUCCAACCAUCUCGGACGUAAAAGAUUCUCCUUCCUUGCUGGGAAAGCCGGCUCUGCUACGCUGUGAAGCCAUGGCUGUCCCCCCUGCUGAGUUUCAGUGGUUCAAAGACGACAAACACAGAGUCAUCGGCGGCGUGGACGGACUGCAGAUCCAGAACGAGCGGACCCGCUCCAUGCUGCUCUUCACCAAUGUCACUGCCCGGCAUUAUGGCAACUACACUUGCCUGGCUUCCAACAGUUUGGGCUCGUUCAAUAUCACCUUACGGCUUAUCAGACCAGGUUCUCUGGAAAACAUGGCUGUCGCCGGCCAAACAUCUCCCCUCUUCUUGGGCCUGCUGUCCUGCGUGUUUGUGACUCUGUUGUUUAAAAUUUAG